GCACGCUGCACGGCGGGGGCCCGCUGGGCUCGGACGCAGGGGCCCCGGGGGUGACCACGGCCCGCAGGGAGCGGCGGGAGAGCCUCAACCGGGCCGGAGUGGACCACAUGGGGGGCGGAGGGCUGGCCAUCGACACCCUGCCCGACAACUUGACCCGCGUGGUGGAGGACUCUCAUAAGUACUACUCCUGGCAGAGUUUCGGCCCUGCUGACAGACACACGCAGGAGAUCUGGACAGACCUGAACGCCAUCCAGCAGAGCCAAGUCCGAGUGCACGGGAUCCUGUCCAACACACACCGACAGGCAGCUCGUGUUGCCUUAUCCUUUGACUUCCCAUUCUAUGGACACAGUCUGAGACAAAUCACCAUAGCAACUGGAGGGUUCAUUUUCACUGGAGAGAUCACACACCGCAUGUUGACGGCCACCCAGUACAUUGCCCCACUCAUGGCGAACUUUGACCCCAGUUUCUCCAAAAACUCCACCGUUCGCUAUAUGGACAAUGGUGACGUGUUUGUGGUCCAGUGGGAUAAAGUCCGGAUUCAGGGCCGAGAGGCCGCCGGGCCGUUCACCUUCCAGACCGCCCUCUUCAACAACGGCACCAUCGUCUUCGGCUACAGAGACGUCCCUCUGGGUGUGGAGCAGAUCAACUCUACGGAGCACCCGGUGAAGGUGGGCCUGUCUGAUGCCUUCAUGGCUCUCCCAACCUCUUCACAGUCUCCAGACACAAAGCGCAGAACCAUAUACGAGUAUCACCGAGCGGAGAUCGACACCACGAAGAUCAUCAAUCACUCGGCAUUUGUGUUCACACCGCUUCCCACCUGUCUACAGCACACCUCGUGUGAACUCUGCCUGACGUCCAAACUGACCACAGACUGCGGGUGGUGUAAUACUCUACAAAGGUGUUCAGAUGGAAUAGAUCGCCACAGGCAGGAGUGGUUAGAUUAUGCAUGCCCAGAGGAGGCCAAGGACGAGACCUGCGAGGACUACACGCAGGGGGGGUCAGACACGACCGCGGCCCCCUUCACCCCCACAGCCCCAGAGGCCGACCCCACGCCCGUGUCCCACCCUGAGAGACCGGUGACUGAGGAUGACACCAAGCGCCUCUUUCACUACCAUGGCAACGACCUGCAAACGGGGUCCUCCGGCCAGGAGGAGGCGCCAGAGCACACGGCCAUCAUCGCUGGCGUGGUGGCGGCACUCGUCCUGCUGGUCUUCCUCACCUUGCUGGCCGUCUACUACAUCAACACGCACCCCACUGUCGCCCCGCCAUUCUACCUCAUGCAGCAGCGCCGCACCAAUAACUACUGGCCUUCCAUGAAGUUCCGGAACCAGGGCUGUCAUUCCAGCUACGCGGAGGUAGAGCUCGGCCAUGAGAAGGAGGGCUUCAUCGAGGCCGAGCAUUGCUGAGGGGUCGGAAUGGGUCUCCUGACACCCAGGAGUUGGACUAAGCCACCUGUGGAAGUGGUGUGUGUGUGUGUGCGUUUGUGUAGGGGGAGAGAGUGUUUUUUUGGUUUGGCUUUUGUUUCCUUUUUCGGGGUUUCGUUUGGUUGUUGUUUGUUUUUGUAACGUUUUUUUUUUUUUUCUGAGUGGAACACGGAACAAGACAAUGGCAAAGCCAUUGAGGGGAUCUUAUAUGGAAACAAAACACCACAUACACACAUACAUACACACACAAACACACACACACACACACACACACACACACACACACACACACACACACACACACACUCAAAGGACUUUUCGUGUCAGUCAAAUUACCAGUAGAAUUCCCACCAGAUUCUACAUCUCCUGCUUCACCUUGCGGUCCCUCUCGCUUUAACUGUUUUUUUUGGGGGGGAGGAGAAGAAAAAACAAAAUGGCCGUGGAAAAGGGGGAGCACAUAUGGAACUGUGAAAAAAGAUGGAGCUGACAUGAGCUGAUUCACUAUCAUCAUCACCCCCCCAACACACACACACACGCCUCCUCGUCUAUAAAACCUGUUCCUCACUUCCUGUUCAUGAGGGCUGGCACGGGCCGUAGCCAUUUUAACUGCAACUAUUGUACAAUACCUUAUAUCUUUGUAGUGUUCCUGUUCUGUUUGUUUUUCAAAGAGGAUAUUUCAUGUUUUCUAAAAAAAAAAGAUAGAAAAAGAAAGGAAAGGAGAGGCGGACGUCGUGUUGAGCAACGACUUAUGUUUUCAUGCAUAUUACUCUGUUAGUUACAAGGACUGGACUGCACUUUAAUUUUCAUUCUUCUCAUUUUCUUUCAAGAAUGUGGUUGUGAAGCCACGAUAUCGAUAUCAAUAAGAAGUGUUUCCUGAUCAUGCAGUAAUUAAUAUAGUUAAAGUCAAAAAAAAAAAAAAAAGCUUACGAAAAGGCCAAGCCAAACCUUGAAUGUGUUAGGUUAAACAUACUGACUGACACACAUGAUGGCUGAAUUGUGUGGCCCUGAACAGGCUCUAAUCUGGCUCACAUGUGGCCCUGAUGUGUUGCAGUAGUGUAGUUCACAUGUAGGCCUGAUGUGGCCCAAGUCUAAAUACAUGUGGCCCUGAUCUGGCCUUAGUCUAAACAAAUUUGGCCCUAGUCUAAACACAUGUGGCCCAGAUAUGGCUCUGGUGUAGCUCACAUGUGGCCCUGAUGUGGCCCUAUUCUAAACACAUGUGGCCCAGAUAUGGCUCUGGUGUAGCUCACAUGUGGCCCUGAUGUGACCCUGAUGUGGCCCUGAUGUGGCCCUAUUCUAAACGCAUGUGGCCCAGAUGUGGCUCGGAUGUGGCCCUGAUGUGGCCCUUGUCUAGCUCACAUGUGGCCCUAUUCUAUCUCACAUGUGGCCCUGAUGUGACCCUAGUCUAAACACAUGUGGCCCUGAUGUGGCCCUGGUGUAGCUCACAUGUGGCCCUGAUGUGGCCCUGGUGUAGCUCACAUGUGGCCCUGAUGUGGCCCUUGUCUAGCUCACAUGUGGCCCUAUUCUAUCUCACAUGUGGCCCUGAUGUGACCCUAGUUUAAACACAUGUGGCCCUGAUGUGGCCUUAUAGUCUAACACACAUGCGGCCCUGAUGUGGGCCGAGUCUAACACACAUGCGGCCCUGGUGUGGUCCUAGUCUAAACACAUGUGGCCCUGAUGUGGCCCUGGUGUAGCUCACAUGUGGCCGCGAUGUGGCCCGAGUCUAACACACAUGUGGCCCUGGUGUGGCCCUAGUUUAAACACAUGUGGCCCUGAUGUGGCCUUAUAGUCUAACACACAUGCGGCCCUGAUGUGGCCCGAGUCUAACACACAUGCGGCCCUAGACAAAUCUCUUCCAUUGACAGCUAUAACCUGAGACACCUUAGAAAAAAGACACCUCAGACACAGGAAGCUGCUUCAGGUGCUCUGAGAGGUUGAUGACCAAAAAUACUCUUCAAGCCCCCUUUUCAAAGUUGACCUGCGGCCACCGAGAGUUCCCUUCACACCGUUCUAUUUCCCGUAGUACCAUUUCCAUCAGGAUGGUGAGAGAAGAGAGUAUAUGUCCCCUUGUGACCUUUCCAGAAAGACUUUCUUCAGGUCUCUAAACGUCUCUGUCCAGCCUGUCCACCGACUGCCAUAGAAACGUGUCAUUGCAAUAUUGUAUUUCUACCAUGCAGCACGCUAUGAGUGAAUCAAUAAAAAGAAAAACAGUUGAACUGUA